GGUUUAUAAUGUCUACUUGAUUUUCACAAGAACGAUACUUCUCUCUGUGUGGCCAAGUCGACGAAGCUCUGUCCAUAGUCUGUGGUCUGUGGUGAUUCAGCACCUUGUGCAUAUGUUUGUGAAUUGAUGAUUCCAUUAUGCUGGCAAUAUUUGAGAAUAUAGGCUGGUUAAAAGGAAACACAGCUGAUGAAGAUAACACCAUUUAUCGAUCUCGUUACCCAGUUGGCCUACACACCUCCUACGUGGGCAAGUCUAGUUUCCGGUGUUUUUGUACUCAUCACUCUUACCCUUUCAAUAUAUCUUGUGUUUGAGCACCUUUCUGCAUACAAACAUCCUGAGGAGCAAAAGUUUUUAAUUGGUGUUGUCCUCAUGGUUCCGUGCUAUGCAGUAGAAUCAUUAAUAUCGUUGGUGAAUCCAUCGAUAAGCGUUGAUUGCGAGAUUCUACGGGAUUGCUAUGAAUCCUUUGCCAUGUAUUGCUUUGGAAGAUACCUGGUUGCAUGCUUGGGUGGGGAAGAGAGGACUAUCGAGUUUAUGGAAAGGGAAGGACGUGCAAGUUCUAAGACUCCCCUAUUAGAACAUAGUUCUGAAAAGGGAACUGUUAAGCAUCCUUUUCCAUUGAAUUAUAUCUUGAAACCAUGGAAUCUUGGUCAAUGGUUUUACCAAAUUGUCAAAUUUGGAAUUGUUCAGUAUAUGUUAAUUAAGUCUCUCAGUGCUAUUUUAGCUGUUAUCCUUGAAGCUUUUGGUGUAUAUUGUGAAGGAGAAUUUAAAUGGGGAUGUGGGUAUCCUUAUCUUGCAGUGGUUCUAAAUUUUAGUCAGUCAUGGGCGUUGUACUGUCUUGUUCAAUUUUACGCUGUUACAAAAGAUGAACUAGCUCACAUAAAACCAUUAGCCAAGUUUUUGACAUUUAAAUCAAUUGUUUUUUUGACAUGGUGGCAAGGCGUGGCAAUUGCUCUUCUUUAUGCCCUGGGUUUGUUCAAAAGCCCUAUAGCUCAAGGCUUACAGUUUAAGUCAAGUGUUCAAGACUUCAUCAUUUGUAUAGAGAUGGGCAUUGCUUCUGUUGUUCACCUAUAUGUGUUUCCUGCAAAACCUUAUGAGCUGAUGGGAGAUCGUUACACUGGAAGUGUCUCAGUUCUUGGAGACUAUGUAUCGGCUGACAGUCCUUUGGAUCCUGAGGAGGUUAGGGACAGUGAACGCCCCACGAAGCUACGCCUUCCCAAUCCUGACAUUGAUGUCAGGAGCGGAAUGACCAUAAGAGAAAGUGUUCGGGACGUUUUCGUUGGUGGCGGAGAAUAUAUUGUGAAAGAUGUGAGGUUCACAGUAACACAGGCAGUAGAGCCGGUAGAGAAGGGGAUCACCAGGUUCAAUGAGAAGCUACACAAGAUCUCCCAAAACAUUAAGAGACAUGACAAGGAGAAAAGAAAAACGAAAGAUGACAGUUGUAUUUCCGCAUCAUCACCAGCACAGAAGUUGAUUCGUGGGAUAGACGACCCUCUUUUGAAUGGAAGCAUGAGUGACAGUAGUGUUGCAAGGGGAAAGAAGCAUCGUCGAAAAUCUGGAUAUACCAGUGCAGAGAGUGGGGGAGAGAGCAGUAGUGAUCAAAGUUACAGUGGGUAUCAGGUAAGAGGCCUUAGGUGGGUAACCAAAGAUUAGAAUAGGAAUAUGAUCAUGGCAGUUUUCUCAUCAGAAGCUGUGGCCUGGCCUGUGGGUUAUCCAUUGUUGUCUGCUUGGCUAUAUUUUUAUCUCAAGGGGUUGUCUUAUUGUUUCAUCCAUUUCAUUUUCAUACACGAGGAUGGUGAGAACUCUUGCCUCCUUUUUUGGCUAGAGGCAUGAGAAUUGUAAAUGGUGUCUAGAGGAAACAUUUUAUUUAGGAUGAUGUAAUUUGCACAUUUAUGUUGCGGACAGUAAUGCAACAGCGAAACUUAGAAUUUU